AUGGCCACCACGAACGGAGGAGUAGAGCUGCCAACGCAACAGCCUCAACAAGAGAAUCAAGUCGACCAGGUCGACCAAGUCCAAGAGCCUGCAACAACGGACACGAUCGCUAACGAUGAAGACAACGACAUUGACGACCUUUUCGAAGAUGACGACGAGAUAGUGCCUGAGCUGAUAUCGGCCGACCACCACGACUUCACCAAAGCAUACAACCGCCAGCGAAAACUCAACGAUACGAAUAUACCAGAGGAUCACAAGCCCAAGUCGAAUCCGCAGAAGCCGUCAGCCAACACAAACGCCUCCAUUGAUGAUCAAGUCGCAUCACUCUCAAAGCAUGCCGGCAAGAUCCGCUUGACCGGGAGCAUGACGGGCGCGUCGGGGGGUAACGCGAGGAACAAGGACAAGGCAGACCGUGCGACAACUGAACAGGUUUUGGACCGGAGAACGCAGAUGAUCUUGCUCCAGCUCAUAAACCGCGGCGCAAUCUCUGAGAUACACGGUGUCAUCUCCACAGGCAAAGAGGCCAACGUCUACCAUGCUAUGGUAGAAGCCACGGACGAUGAUGCCGAAUCCAUCCACCGUGCCGUCAAGGUAUACAAGACGUCCAUCCUCGUCUUCAAGGACCGCGCCAAGUACGUCGAAGGCGAAUUCCGCUUUAGACAGGGAUACAAUAAGAGCAACAACCGUGCCAUGGUAAGGAUGUGGGCGGACAAGGAGCGCAGAAAUCUGGCCAGAAUACACGAUGCAGGUAUCCCUUCACCAAUGGCUCAUGCGCUGCGAAACCACGUUCUCGUCAUGGGCUUUGUGGGCGACCGCAAAGGCAAGGCAGCGCCUCGUCUAAAGGAUGUACGCUUCGAGGGCCUUACGGGAGAGGAAGAAGACGCGAAAUGGACCAACCUAUACCUCGAGAUGCUGGCGUACAUGCGCAUAAUGUACCAGACAUGUCGCCUCGUUCAUGCCGACUUGAGUGAGUACAAUGUGUUGUACCACGAGGGCAAGCAAUGGAUCAUCGACGUCUCGCAAGCCGUCGAACACGACCAUCCUCGCUCUCUCGAGUUCCUGCGCAUGGACGUAAAAAAUGUAUCCGAUUUCUUCCGCUCACGCAACGUUGAGACGCUUAGCGAGCGGAAGGCUUAUGCCUACAUUACAAGUGCUGCGGGUGCCAAGACUGUUAAAGAGCAGUCGCAGAUGGAAGAUAGCAUCCGCAGCUUGUUGAACAAAGAGCCUUUGACCGAGGAGGAAAGGAAGAAGGAAGAGGAGGAUGACGAUGUCUUCCGCAACCAAUACAUCCCGCAGACGCUCGAACAAGUCUACGACAUUGAACGCGAUGCUGAGCUUGUCAAUGCCGGUGCUAGCUCCGACCUUCCGUACCAAGCCCUCCUUGCUGACAAGGUCGUUGACAACGAAUCCGACGCCUCAGACUCCGAUGAAGAUGAUAACUCGGAUACCUCCGAGGUCGACCAGAGUAUCUUCGAGAAGGGUCCAAGUCGUGGUAAGAAACACGUGGACCAUGAUGAGAAGGUGGCACAUAAAAAGGCCAUCAAGGAAGAGAAGCGCGAGAAGCGGAAGGAGAAAAUGCCGAAGCACAUGAAGAAGAAGUUGACCAGUCAGGGUGGCGGUCGGAAGAAGUGA